GAUCCACCUCUGCCGUCAUCCAGAUGUCCCUGGCAGAGAGACAGAGGAGGAGUGAGAGCUGAAGGGGAGAGACACAGAUGCUAUGAUGGCUGGGUGGAGAGUAAGGCGCAGUACCGUGGUACAGCCUCUGUCCUGGUUCGAAAGACUGGCAGAGGUCGGGGUCUGCCACAGCAGCAGUUUGCCCAUGGCCCGACAGACGGCGUACACAGACAGCAGCCCCACCAUACGGGCCUUCGGUGAGAUCCCGGGGCUCUGGAAGAGCGGCGUGGCCAGCCUUUACAGCUUUUGGAAACUUGACGGCUUCAGGAACAUCCACCGCAUCAUGGUGCACAACUUCAACACUUUUGGACCCAUUUACAGAGAGAAAAUAGGUUAUUAUGAGAGUGUGAACAUCAUCAACCCAGAAGAUGCUGCUAUCCUGUUCAAAGCAGAGGGCCACUACCCAAAAAGGCUCAAAGUGGAAGCCUGGACAGCAUACAGAGACUACAGGAAUCGCAAAUAUGGAGUCCUGCUCAAAAACGGAGAGGACUGGCGGAGCAACAGGGUGAUUCUGAACAGGGAGGUAAUCUCUCCCAAGGUAGUUGGAAACUUUGUACCUCUCUUGGAUGAGGUAGGCCAGGACUUUGUGGCCCGUGUUUAUAAAAAGAUAGAGAGAAGUGGACAGAACAAAUGGACCACCGAUCUCUCUCAAGAACUCUUCAAAUAUGCACUAGAAUCUGUCAGCUCAGUGCUGUACGGGGAGCGCCUGGGACUAAUGUUGGACUACAUCGACCCUGAAGCCCAGCACUUCAUCGACUGCAUCUCCCUGAUGUUCAAGACCACCUCGCCCAUGCUGUUCAUCCCCCCAGCCCUGCUGAAGAGGAUCGGGGCCAAGGUGUGGAGGGACCACGUGGAGGCCUGGGACGGCAUAUUCAACCAUGCCGACCGCUGCAUCCAGAACAGCUACAAAGAGCUGCGACAGGAGACAGGCAGCCAUGGGAAAUACCCCGGGGUCCUGGCUAGCCUGCUGAUGCUCGACAAGUUGUCCAUCGAGGACAUCAAGGCCAGCGUGACAGAGCUGAUGGCUGGAGGGGUAGACACGACAUCCGUCACUCUGCUGUGGACCCUGUACGAGCUGGCCAAGCACCCAGAUCUACAGGAGGAGCUUCGGGCAGAGGUGGCAGCCGCCAGGGAGUCCACCCAGGGAGAUAUCCUGGAGAUGCUGAAGAGGGUGCCUCUGAUCAAAGGAGCCCUGAAGGAAUCACUGAGACUAUAUCCUGUUGCAGUGAGUUUGCAGCGAUACAUAACAGAAGACAUCGUUAUUCAAAACUACCACAUACCAUCUGGGACUCUUGUCCAGCUGGGUCUGUAUGCCAUGGGCAGAGACCCUGGAGUGUUCCCCAGGCCUGAGGAGUACCGACCCUCCCGCUGGCUCAGGACAGAGAGCCACUACUUCAGGAGCCUGGGCUUCGGCUUUGGGCCUCGCCAGUGUCUGGGCCGGAGGAUUGCUGAGACGGAGAUGCAGCUGUUCCUCAUCCACAUGUUGGAGAACUUCCGGGUGGAGAAACAGCGUCAGGUUGAGGUGCAGAGUACCUUUGAGCUCAUUCUGCUGCCUGAGAAGCCUAUUCUGCUGACCUUGAAGCCCCUACACAGUACACAAUGACCCAGUAUGAUGAUGUUAGGCUGUGUUGGGUUACCUCAUAGAUUACUAUGGUUCAUAACCACUCCUUAGACUCCCAGACGAAUAAAAUGUUGGAAUAAAACAUUGAAAAAGUUUAUCUUUUAAAAUGUCAUUUAUUGUUACAACCUAAACAACUGUGCUAAAAUAAAAAAUUAAACUCAUUU